AUGGCCUCACAUUAUUCCUCACAUUAUGACAAUCAACAGUUUGCCGACAUCGUCUACCGAAUGGGUCGUCUGGAGACAAGAGUGGAAGCUCUAUCCAAGAGCAUGAACGAUGUUGUCGCCACGCGUUUGGUCGGGGUGGAGGCCAGAUUGAAAAGCAUAGAGGGGCAGUUGAAUGAUGUGGGAGUUUACAUGGACGAAGCAACCAGAGUAAUGAAGUUGGCAGCGAUAUCACGAAUGGCCGCAGAACAUAAUGCCCAAGCACGAGACCAAAAUAGCUAUAUCACAAGCCCCGAGAUGCAUAUCUGCCCACUUCGAAACCGCGACAAUAAUACCCAAGUCGCCUGUCCGAAAACUUUGACUGAGCUGGAAGCCUGGGGUCCGGACCAAAUGGCUAAGCUAUUGAACGAACUGGGAGAGGAUUACAGAAUUGUUGCGGAUAUAGAUCGUGUGAAAUGGGUCCUCGGAAUUCGAAUCGGGAAGAAUGCGCAACGCUUCGACUGA